AUGAUCGGAAAUUUCGAGCAAGCUUUUGAACAAAUGUACCAAACCUUUAAUCAAUCAUUCAAACCAGGGACUUUUUGGAAUAUUCAAGGCAAACUUCUCAAAAAGUACAUAGAUGAGCUGCUGGAAAAUCCUAAUGAUCAUAAUCGCAUAGAUCUCAACAGCAAAGCUUUUAAUGAAUUUGGCAUGGGGAUGGAGGCCGUUUUAAUAUCAAUAGGCUUUGCAAAAGAAGCCGAAAAUUUGGUAUAUCAAGGAAGUAUUGAUGAAUUAUCUCAAAAUAAAGAUCGAAUUAUGAAAAUCAUUGAUGAAAAAAAAUAUUUCAGCUUCGCUGAAAUUAGUGAAAUAAUUGGUAAAGGAGAGCAGCCUCCAGGAAUUAAACAAAUAGAUGACAGAGCUGUAGAAGAGCCUCCUUCUGUAUCAACGCUUGAGAGGCCACAAAAACCUUGGGAAAGAGAAGAAAACUCUUACAGCCAUAAAAAAAUAUUCAUUUAGAAACGCUUAUUGACUUAAAAGUUUCAGAUUUGUUUAAAUAGUAUUCUAAUUACACUCGCAUUUAAAAUAGGCCAAGCAAUAGUAUUAAAUAUUAAAUUAAAUUGUUUAAACUGGCCAUAAGUUGAUACCCAUUACCCCGGCUCAAAGCUAGCAACCUCCAUAUACCUCAGAAUUCGAAUGAGGAAAAUGGAAGGCCGCCAUCCUGAAUUUCCGACCUGAACCACUUGUCCAGGGGAUGGACUCUUAUGGUCAGAGCUACCAUUUAUAGAGUACCCCGUUGGUCCUGAUAGAGAAGGACCAAGCGGUAGGCAAAACUUGUCUAGCCCAUCUGACACGGACAGGAAAACCUUUAGGAGAAACAAGCACCCUGCUUCAGCAGGCUUUCCAUUGAGAUGAUCUACUUCGCUCACAAGAAGCAUCUUUCGCCGUCUAUCGCGCCUGCUCACCGCUCCAUCAAGAGUCCAAUUUCUGUUAGCAUCACCAUUUUUUCUUGUGUUUACAUAUGAAUUAUUAUUUUCAUAGUAAAAAAUAAAAAAUUAUUUAAAUUAAAGGGGGCUUAAUUUAUCUAAAAAUUGAAAAUUUAUCAAUAUUUUUUUCUAUUAAGGGUUGAGUUAA